AAAAAAUUUAAAAAAUUUUAAAGUGACAGUGUUGACAACAUAAACAAUUACAAUACGAGUACAAGUUGAUUUGGUGAAAAUGGCAAAACGUUUUAAACUAGAUCUCGAGGGAUACGAGGUUGAUGACAUUGUCAGGUUGUUUUCAAACGGCCGCUUGCCGACCCAGGGUGUGUUUGUGUCAUCGUCGUCCCAAAACCAGAAUGCAUCUAAUCAAGGUGAUCCAGAUACAAAUCCAAUAUUUUAUCCAGCAGACGACGACGACCCCGAAGCAAUUCCAACCCCAACAGCCGCCGCAGUCCCUUUUAAUAAUGAACACCAACUAACAAGACCAAUGCCCCCACAAACACCAUUUUCCAUCGAUUUUGUCCAAGAAAACCAAUCGUUCCCACCGAAUACUAUCAGAUGCCGCUCCUUACACCUCCGGUUGAGAAGUUUCAGGAAAUUCAAUCAACGACGACGACAACGAUCCCAAUCCCAAUAGCAUCAACGUCUUUCCCCCUCAAUACAAGGGAAGAGCGGGCUCAAUUUCUUCUCCAAUUGCAUGAUGAUCCUAGACAGACGUAUGAUGCUGUACCGAAGCUUGUAGGGAUGCGUUUUCGGAAAAUUCUUCCCAAGCCCAACCUUACAUCCGGCGAUGGCGGCCUCCUCCACAGCAUUAUCAAACAACUGCGAAAUCUCUAGAGCCACCACCACCAACUUAUCAGAGUCACUGACUUCCUUUCAUACACACGCAAUUUUGAUGGCCAC